AGACUGCCCUCCCUCAUAUUAGGGAGGUAGGUAUAUUCUCCAUCAAGUACCUUAAGCAUGCACUUCCCCACCUAGAUACCUGUACUUAACGGAUCGAUAUAUGUAAGUAAUAUGUAUGCGCGAUGUACUUUGCUAUCCCACGAUACAUCAGGUUUCUCGUACUCUACAUUGAAUGACAUGGCCCUCCUCCUCGUCAAAUGUAGGUACAUAAAAAAAAGGUUAGGUACCUACAACUACGACGCCUUGCAGACUUUUGCACCUAUCCUCGACUUCCAACGCGCCUCUCUCUUGUACCAGAGCCUACGUCUGCCUAACACGCGCGCUUAUCUGCUGCCAUUGAUGCCUUUAUAAGACCUGCCUACGCUGAACCAGCCUUCGAGGCUACGCCAUUUAAUAGCUCGCAUGCCUCCCGGCCACUCUGCGCUUCCAACUCCCUCCCUCGAUCCCGAUCACCAUUCUGGUCAGACUAACACCUCAGCCUGAACUACUCACGUUCCUCGCCCCUUACCACUAGGGCCCUCCUUACGCUCAGAUCCAGAUUCUCCUAGUUUUUUAUCACCUAGUCACUACCUACAAAAUGGUUGGCCUUGGUCCCAGGAAGCCUCCAUCCCGGAAAGGAUCGAUGGCCGAUGUACCGAAGGACCUCCUUGCCGAGAUUGAGAAGUUGGAGAAACUGUUUACCGUGGAUACUGCCAAACUUAAGAGUAUCACCAAGCAUUUCGUGUCCGAGCUUGAAAAGGGCUUGAGUGUGGAGGGCGGCAGCAUUCCCAUGAACCCGACUUGGGUUAUGGACUUCCCGGAUGGAUACGAAACAGGCACUUACCUAGCGCUUGAUAUGGGUGGUACAAAUCUCCGUGUUUGCGAGAUUACCCUGACAGACAACAAGUCAGAGUUCGACAUCAUCCAGUCCAAGUACCGCAUGCCUGAAGAAUUGAAGACCGGCGAGUCCGAGGAGCUUUGGGAGUAUAUAGCGGAUUGCUUGAAGCAAUUCAUCGAAACACACCACGGGGACAUCCCCUCCGCCGAAGGGAAGAUUCCCCUUGGUUUUACAUUCUCCUACCCAGCUACCCAAAACUAUAUCGAUGAGGGUGUUCUACAGCGAUGGACCAAGGGUUUUGACAUCAAUGGCGUCGAGGGGAGGAAUGUCGUGCCGCUGUUAGAGGCCGCCUUGGAUCAGCAGGGGGUUCCUAUCAAGGUCUCGGCCCUUAUCAAUGACACCACUGGAACUCUCAUCGCUUCCGCCUACACCGAUCCCAAGAUGGCGGUUGGCUGUAUCUUUGGAACGGGCUGCAACGCCGCAUACAUGGAGAACUGCGGCUCUAUCCCUAAGCUAGCCCAUAUGAACUUGGAUCCUGAUUUGCCGAUGGCCAUUAACUGCGAGUGGGGCGCCUUCGACAACGAGCACAAAGUUCUCCCUCGAACGCCGUACGAUAUUAUUAUUGACAAGGAAUCACCCCGACCGGGUCAGCAAGCCUUCGAGAAGUGUAUCGCCGGCUUGUAUCUCGGCGAAAUCUUCCGUUUGAUACUGGUUGACUUGCACGACAAUAAGGACGUCCACAUAUUCGAGGGCCAAGACAUCAAGUAUCUCAGGAAGCCAUAUACUCUCGAUUCAUCUUUCCUCUCGGCUAUCGAGGAUGACCCUUUCGAGAACCUGCAGGAGACCGCAGACCUAUUCCACGAAAAGUUACACUUGACCUGCACUCGCUCCGAGCUCGAACUCAUCCGCCGGGCUGCCGAGCUAAUCGGGACGCGCGCGGCUCGCCUAUCCGCAUGUGGCGUUGCUGCCAUUUGCCUCAAGAAGAACCUCCAACCUUGCCAUGUUGGUGCCGAUGGCUCUGUCUUCAACAAGUAUCCUCAUUUCAAGGCUAGGGGCGCACAGGCCCUCCGAGAGAUUUUGGACUGGCCGGCCAAGAAGAAUCAGAGGGAGGAAGACCCUGUAGAAGUUCUGGCUGCCGAAGAUGGAAGUGGCGUAGGCGCUGCUGUAAUCGCUGCCCUGACACUCAAGAGGGUGCAAAGGGGCAACGUUGCUGGCAUUCUACAUCCCGAAAAUUUCAAAUGAGCAGCAUAGAUGCCUAAAGGCGCAGCCGGGAUCACAUCGUGUCUGUCAGAAGGUAACGGGCAGGUAUCGCCUAUAGAUGGAUGUACGAAGAGGGGGCCCUCUAGGUGCCUGAAUGGCGCUUGGUGGCUAGGGCUAGUUGUCGGAUUAGAGCAAGACACGGUGGGAACCCUAUCCCAUGAAAGUACACAUGGGAAGUCUAUAUGCUGCUGUAGGUUAGCUUGCGUGUUCGGGCCGGGGCCGUCCGAUCAAUCAUGGAUCGACUCA